CGUUAUCACUUUAUUUCUGACGUUGUGGUCCUCCCUCACUUAGCCAGUGCAUUGUGGGAGACUUGCAGGCAGCCAGGCAGCAAGCAGUCGUUCCGUAGUUGGUAUUUUGAGCCAGCCCUAGCUUACUGUUGGAUAGCGUUUUUUAUCCAGACAUCUGGAGCUGGAUAAAAGGAAUGGAGGAGAAUGAAUCUUUGACGUCUAUCCUUGGUUGAAUUUUGGUGACGAAGCUGCACGGUACGUUAGCGUUUUUUGUGAUUACAUGCACACCGCUAUCCUGCUGCCUACCAGCAACCAACAUGCCUUAUGGGAUAUUCAUCUGGCAUCAUUGACAUUCCAGAACGAUCCACGUUUACAUUCCAAAAGUUGGCUUAAUUGUCAAUCUAAUUUCCGAAGAGUAUCAAAACCAGCUGUCCGGCCCAGCACAACCCAUUAGCAAUAAUAAAACCGACCUUUCCGUUUCUCUACAAUCAACUUCUCUCCCUUCCCAAGGGGGUGACUGCCUAUCAUGAGAUUCCGAAUCUACAAGAGGAAGGUGGUGAUUCUGACACUGGUGGUAGUCAUCUGUGGGCUGGCGUUCUGGAGCAGUGGAAAGCAGAAGAAGAGUAACAGCACGUCUGUCCCUAAAGAAGUAGAGCCUGUGAAAAGUAGUAGUAGCAGUAGUAGUAGUAGUAGUAGUAACCAGGUACAGGCCACACCAGUGGUCAGUAAGCAACCCCCACCUGUCAUCCGUGCUGCGAUUGCCAAUGAGACUCACCAGGAGAAGGUAAAGGAGAAGGAGAAAGUGUUGAAGCCAGAUGUAGACAACACCACCUUGGUAUACCGUGGCAUUGUGUUCCAGCUCAACUUUGACCAGACCGUGAGAAACGAGGAGAAGUUCAAGACAGUCAGACAUAAAGACGAUCUGGUUGUUGUGGUCCAAGUGCACAACAGGCCUGACUACUUGAAACUGCUUGUGGAGAGCCUGAGGAAAGCAGAGGGCAUUGAGAGGGUGCUGUUGGUAUUCAGCCACGAUUUCUGGUCCCCGGAGGUCAACCAGGUGGUGGCCUCAGUUGACUUCUGUCAGGUCCUUCAGAUCUUCUUUCCAUUCAGCAUACAACUCUACCCCCAGGAGUUCCCUGGUAAUGACCCCAAAGACUGCCCCAGAGACAUUUCCAAGACAGAAGCCUUAAUGCUGGGUUGCAUCAAUGCAGAGUACCCUGACUCGUUCGGACACUACCGCGAAGCCAAGUUCUCCCAGACCAAACACCACUGGUGGUGGAAGCUGCAUUUUGUUUGGGACAGAGUCAGGGCUAUGAAGGACCACAACGGUCUGGUCCUGCUGAUUGAAGAGGACCACUUCCUGUCACCUGACUUCAUCCACACCCUGAAGCUGAUGACGGUCCUGAAGACAGAGCAGUGCCCUGACUGUGACAUCCUGUCUAUGGGGAGUUACACCCAUGUUGGCUACUCCAGCAAAGCCAACAAGGUGGAGGUGAAAGCCUGGAAGUCUACUGAGCACAACAUGGGGAUGGCUCUGGGCAGGGCCACCUACCAGAAGCUCAUCCACUGUACUGAUGCUUUUUGCACUUAUGACGACUACAACUGGGACUGGUCGCUGCAGCACCUGACUGUUACCUGCCUGCCCUCCUACUGGAAGGUGAUGGUGUGCGAGGCUCCCAGGAUCUUCCAUGCUGGGGACUGUGGCAUGCAUCACAAGAAGGCAGUGUGUAUGCCGGCCAGCCAGAAAAUCAAGAUAGAGAACAUUCUCCAGAGCAGUGGAAACCAGCUGUUUCCAAAGAACCUCUUGAUAACUAAGAGACUUCCCGCCCCUGGUGUUGGAGGUGUGGCCCCCCAUGUGAAGAACGGAGGUUGGGGGGAUAUUAGGGACCAUGAACUCUGCAAGAGCUACCUUCGAUUACAGUGACCUUAUUAAAACUCUUAUUAUUAUCAUCUCUUUUGCAUCCUCUUUAAAGAAAAGAAAGCCUUUUAAAAAUAAAUCUUUAUGGACUAUU